CAACUCCUUCCGAGCGGUUCCCAAGCACGAACACCUUCGACACCGCGCUCGAAGAACCUCCCCCAAAUUCCAACGAAGCCCUAGAUCUCUCGAGCUAUCGAUCCGGGAUCAUCAAUGGCGAAAGAGUUCAACGUCCCUCCGGUGGUCUUCCCGGCCUCCAGCUCUACUCCGGCCGCCGUCCCCCACCAGCGCCGUGCCACGCCGGCGCCAUCAGCUCCUCCAUUCCAGCCCCCUCGCCCUGCCACUUCCACCGCCCUUCCUUUCAUGUCCUUCGACAUCGGUGCAGCUCCGGCUCCUUCGUCGUUCUCGGCGCCUUCCUUCCCCUCCGCUGCCUCCGGCUCCUUCUCCUCCUUUGACGAGGAACCCCCUCUCCUCGAAGAACUCGGCAUCAACACGCGGCAGAUCUGGCUCAAAACCACCUCUAUCCUGAAUCCAAUUCGUGUAAACCCUAGCAUCCAUGAGGACGCCGAUCUCUCCGGCCCCUUCAUCUUCCUCAUGGCCUUCGGCCUCUUCCAGCUUCUUGCCGGGAAGUUCCACUUCGGUAUCAUCCUUGGCUGGGUCACUGUUGCCUCUCUUUUCCUUUACGUCGUCUUCAACAUGCUCGCGGGCCGCAACGGGAAUCUGGAUCUCUAUCGAUGUUUGAGCUUGGUUGGCUAUUGCAUGCUCCCGAUGGUGAUCUUCUCGGCCGUUUCUCUCUUCGUGCCGCACGACGGGGUGGUGAUCUUUGCGAUGGCGGCAAUGUUCGUGUUCUGGUCCACUAGGAUUUGCGCUCGGCUUUUGGUGGAAUUGGCUUCAUGCGGGGAGGAACAUCGCGGGCUGAUCGCGUACGCUUGCUGGCUUGUUUACUUGCUCUUCUCGCUGCUUGUGAUCUUCUGAUUGGCUUGUGAGGAUCUUGAAACCUUUUAACCUUCUUCCUUCCUGGCAUAAUUCCCCAUAAAAAUAUGAUCUUUCACAAUGGUGUUAUCACUAAGCAUGUGAUUGUCCUUCACUAGGUUUUUUGAUGCCAUAGAAAUUGUUUGCUUUCUUUUACACUGUUCUACUUGAAUGGAUUAUUAUCACAAAUUGUUAGGACCCCGGAAGGGUAAUUGGAUGGAUUCAAUAUAGAUUAAGAAUGGAGGAUUUGAUUUACUUGGGAGUUGACUAUGUGGCAUACUUGCCAAAAUCUUUGUUUUUCUAUUGAAUAUAUUCCUCCUUUAUCACUGGA